CCGUUGUAUUUGUAUUGACAAACAUUGUUAUUGGUUCAAGCCUUGUCUGACAAAUCAGUGUCUCUUCAACGCUCACCGGUAGUUGAGCCGAUAAAUCCAUACCCCGAGGGUCCAAAAACCGUAGAAUUUCCGCGCCGAGAUCGAGCCACUCCAGCGACAUCAUGCCCGAGACCAUCGACGGUUACGAUGAAAAAAGCGAGACGAAAUCCAUCUGUUACUACGGAGCGGAUCAGCGGGGCAAUUCCCUCUACGUCGAACUCAAACGUUAUCCGGCCAACAGAUCGGAACUGACGCUGCUCUUGAGCAGCGACGAGGACGUUUACGAGCUAGCCGAACAUCCGAACACGGUGAUAACCCAGCACAGGGACGAGGAAUGGUCCGCCCAGGGACUGACGCUGCGAGUCUUGGAAAAGGACAGGCGAGCCCGGAUACGAUUCAAUGGUCUUUUGAGAAAAGGCACGCGUAACAGCCUCGACGAGGAUAUCCAUGCUCAUGGACUCGAGCACGUCCGAUUGAAUUUCGUAUUCGUAGCUUCCUCGAAGCCCCGAUGGGCCAACGGUCGCAGAUGGCUGGACAACAAGUCGCCGUUGGACAAGGCGCGGAUCGAUCAGUACGGCUCGAUGUCGGGUCUGGUCAGGCUCGGCAACAACGAGAGCCGGGAGAUGUUCCUGCGCGGACUGCGUCGAUUCUUCGCGGCCAAAUCCAGUCGGCCCGCAGCAGCCGUCUCGAGAUGGACUCUGAUCGGCCUGGACGAGAUCGGAAAUAGCUUUUGCUGUUACUCCAAGAGCAGCGCUUCGUUGAGAAAAAAUAAAUUGGGACACGUCAAGGAUCCGCUGGAGAACGUCACCUACAUCGACUCGAACGAAAUGGACAUUAACGAAUUUAAAAAACAAUUGGCUCCCGAGGAUAAAUUGGAACCUGUUAAAUUUAAAUUUAAAACUACCAUGCUCUACGACAAAAUCCAACUGUCGAAAAAGUACGAGGUACAGAUCGCGCUGAUGCGACCCACGAUGAAGAGAUUAUACGGAGGAUUUCCCUGGGCGUAUCAGACCACCUACUGGGACUGCAAAUUGAACGUGAACGGCGCGAUGGGCCACGGAUUGGUCCAACUGACCGAACCCUACCUCGGCGAGUGUCCCCUGGCGAGGCUCCCGAGCCCCAACGGCUGGAGUUGGCUGGAGCCCCCCGAGAGGCCGGAGGGCGUCGACGAGAAGUCGUACGACGAGGUCGCGCUGCUCUGGCUGGGCAAUCCGCGCUGCAAAGACGAGAAGCUCUGCGGCGGGGACGUCGCCUCGCUCGCCCAGCUCAUCCAGUUGCGAUCGACAAAGUUCGAAGUACCCGCGGGUUUUUGCGUGACGACCUACGCCUUCGAGUGCUUCUUGAGGCACAACACACGACUGCUGGCGGCCAUCGACGAAUUGAUCGACGGCUACAAAACGGGGCCCCCGACGAUCAUCGAACCGUUCAAUUACCGCACCAAGUGGCGAGAGAGAAGAGUCGCUGAACCCGACAUAACUCAACACUUGAAAAAAAUCGCCGAUUUGUUCGAGACGGCCACAAUGCCCCCGAACGUGGAGCGUCAGAUACGCAAGUCACUGGCCAGAUCGCAAGAGAUUCCGGACGUGGGAUGGGUCCUGCAAUUGAGCGCCCAUUACAAGGAACCAUUGAGGCUGUUCUCGUACGGUAAUCACGGGGAGCGGGACAUUCGCUCGGCGGACGACGUGAUCCGUCAGGUGAUCCGUCUCUGGGGCUUGGUGUACGGUCGCGCUCACGUCGAGUAUCGGCACAGCGCUGGCCUGCCCCUGAAGAGUCCCAUGGCGGUGUCCGUCCGGAAGAGGAUCGAGUUCCACGCGAUCGGAGCCAUGUACACCAGGCAUGCCGAUAACGGCGACCCGCGCGUAAUAUCGGUGGAAACGAAAGAAUCGCGCCAGUGGUUCGACUUUCGGCGCGGCCUCGACGAUUCGCUCUCCCCGUCCAACAGCGGAUUGCUGUAUACUCCCGAACAGGUGGCCGCCGCGGGCUCAAUUACGGCGGAGCAGCAGCAACCCAGUAGAGAGAGGUCGAUCGAGCCGGGAGUCGCUCGGAGAAUCGCCGAGCUGGGCCUCGAGCUCGACAAGCUGUACGACGAGGCGCGCGACGUCGAGUGGGCCUGGACGCGUCGGCCCCAGGACAAGAUCUACGUGCUGCAGUGCCAGCCAGCCGAGUGGCUGGUCGACGACGACUGGACGGACUUCGAGCUGAGCCACGAGCUCGGCUCGGGCGUGCCCGCCGACAAGGACCUGCUGAGCUUCGCCCAGGCCGACGAGAUGUUUCCGCGCUGCCUGACGCCGCUCACCUGCACCGCCAUAGUCGACAAGCUCGUCCCGUCGACCUUCGUGCUGGACGACGACGACGACGAGGACGACGUCGAUAAGGUCGAUGACUCACCCGACCGGGUGAAGACCAAUCCCCUGUUUAUAGCCAAUAUGAGGGUCGCUUUUAAUUAUUACGACUUCGUGAUGCGCAACUGCGAGCUGACGAACAUCAAGGACAUGAUGCUGAAGGAUCUCGGCCUCUGCGGGCGCGUGAUCGUCACGAAAGAACUGAUCGAGACGGCGAUGAAGCGUCGCUACGGCCUCGUCGAUCGCAACAGCCUCGUGCGUCACCUGGACCAGACGAAGCUCGAGCGCGGCUGCGAACGCGACGAGCGCGAGAUCUGCGCCUUGAAGAUCGGACAACUCGAGACGAAAUUGGUCGAGACCAGGGUGAAGACGGUGAAAUGGGAUCGGAAAUUCGACGAGCUGGACAAAAACGAGGAAAGACUGAAAAAGAUGUCGCGCUAUCACGGCUUCUUCUCGCGGGUCUGCAGCCAGAAAGUGAUGGGAAUCAUGCGGCUGCUGUCGUCGUCGAACGUACCGGACGCCGCGUUCACGGCCCAGAACUUCGCGGACGCGUCGCUGCUGCUGGCCAAAGGCAGACGCGUGCCCACCGCCCAGGUGCCACGGGUACUGACCAGGGUGAGCGAGGAGAUCUGGAAGAAGAUCCGGCUGAAGCAGAGAAGAAAGGAACUCGUGGACGCGAAUUUCGGAAGGAUGGAUGUUUCGAAGGUCGACAGUUGGCUCAAAACCGACGUGAAGGCUCAGAGCGCGUUCAGCCACAUAAUCAAUUUCAUGAACAAGGACGGCAAUCUCGGCCACAAUGAAUUCGAAUUGGCGGAGGAGCCGUUUAUAUUGAGGCUCGAUCGAUUUUACACGCUGCUCCAGUACUACCACGUGGUGCUCAAGCAGCCGUCGCGGGACGACAUGAAGAUGGUGUAUUACUGUAAUUUUAGAAGCAGGUACAACUGCAUACCCGGUCCACCCUCGAAGGAGCUACUGGACAGCAUCUCCACGCCGAUCGACUCGGAGACGCGCGAGCGAAUCCGCGAGCUGCUGCCGCGAGCCCAGCAGGCCGUGGAGCAGCGGGAGUUCGCGAGGCUGCUACUGAGCAAGACGACGCACCGCGCGAGAACGUUUUACCGGUCCAAGGCCAUCGAGCUCGUGAACGAGGGCAAACUGCCCGACGAGAAUCUGAUCAACUACCUGACCAGCUGGGAGGUGCUCGAGCUCCUGGAGGCCACCUGCUGUCCUCGGCUCGUCCGGAAGGCCCACCUGAGACGCGAACUGUGGGCGCGACUGGACGAGGCGAGAUAUCCGCUGACGAGCUACGGCAUGCCGCGGGCCCAGAUCUUGGACGACUUCGACGAGGCGGAGGUGCGCAAGGCCGACUACAAGACUCGGGGAGUGCCCAUAAACGCCGGGGUAGUGUGCAAUCGAGUCUUCGUCGCCGAGAGAUUCGAGGACGACCUGCAGCAGCGGGGCCUCAGGCCCUGGGACAUACUCGUGGUGGCCUACGUCGACGCCGGCUGGAGCCAGUACUUCCCCAUGCUCAGCGGUAUCAUCGCGGAGCGGGGCAGCCUGUUCAGUCCGGGCGCGGCGAUGGCCCGCGACUUCGAUGUGUCCUGCAUCAUGGGCGUGACCGACGCGACCAGAAUCUUCAGAACGGGCGAUGGAGUGCACAUGGACGGAUCUACCGGUGAAAUAAGAAGAGAAUCCGAUAGAAAGAAUUAUACCUUUCCAGACAGCAUUGGUCUGAUCAAGUGCUUACGAUCCGAUCGAGUACGUUAACGAUUUUUACAACUACGACCUAAUUUAAUUCCGUCGCGUAUGUGAUUCGACGCCCGAGACGAAAAACUAGCCAAAAAAUGUGCUGGAUGCAAUAAAGCUGGGAUAAGUAAAUAUUAUACCUGUAAAAAUAUAAAGUAGGCUGUUUUAGAAUAAGCUUAUCGACGCGCAUAUGGCAGGACCGUAUUCUCUGCGACGUACAACGAGAGAUGUGUGAUUUUUUGUAUGUUCACUUGCGACGAACAGUUGGGAUAUCCUUGGAUUCAAUUUCUGGAUCAAAGGUACGAAGCUUUACUUAUUAAUUCGAGAUGGAAUUAUAAAUAAUUCUUGAUUUAGUCAACGAUCUGAUGGAUGUCCUUUUACUCUUCGUCGCAAACUGAAAUACGAAGCCCAAACGACAUCCGAAUAUUGUCGUUGCAAAGUGCAAUCGAAAUAACGACUGCCCAAACUCGCUCGAGACAGCAAGUUCGCGUACACAUGAAACAAUCUACUUUUCAUAUAGUUAGAAUGAAAUAAUAUCCUAGGCUUUCGACUUUUGAGUUAUGACUCAAAGCCGUACUUUUCUCGUCUCGCGUGUCAAAUUAAUUUGUAAACAAAGAUGGUUACAUUUUUUAAUGUAUUUUAUAAGUUUUAGUUUUACAUAUUGAUAAUAAAGAUGUCGAACAUUUCGUUCCAAAUAAACGAUUUUAUAUGUAUUGGACAAAAUCAUGUAUUUAUAAAUUUGUAUAAAUAUAAAAUUAUUAUAUUAUGGUA